CUGCCGUAGGAAAGCGCCCGCCGCGGCGGCGCCACGUCCCUGGCGGCGGCGGCGUGAGAAGAGUCGGGGAAUUGGACACUGAGCGGCUCCCGACGGCCAUGGCCUUUACCUUGUACUCGCUGCUGCAGGCAGCGCUGCUCUGCGUCAACGCCAUCGCCGUGCUGCACGAGGAGCGAUUCCUCAAGAACAUUGGCUGGGGAACAGACCAGGGAAUUGGUGGAUUCGGAGAGGAGCCAGGAAUUAAAUCUCAACUAGUGAACCUUAUUCGAUCUGUAAGAACUGUGAUGAGAGUGCCAUUGAUAAUAGUAAACUCAGUUGCAAUUGUAUUACUUUUAUUAUUUGGGUGAAUAUCAGUGGAGGAAAUGGAGACUCAGAAGAAGAGAUGCCAACAGAAGUUAUUACUUUGGAAUAUUCAUAUCUUAGCAGGCUGACCUUGCACUUGACAAAAAUGUAAAGCAGACAAUAAAACCAGAGUUCCUAUUUAUCUGAUUUUUUUUUUUAAUGUUGCACUUGUAUUUUCAUUAUAAAAAGAUCAGAUGAUCAGAGGUAGUAACUCUCCAGGACUGGAAUACAUUUGAUUGCUGACUGUUAAUAAUAAUUUAUGCUUAGUAAAGAUUGUUAAAAGGGUACAGGACUGUUGCUUCUGUUUUUUUUUUUAGAUAUUUUUCUAUCUCUCACUUCUCAGGGAUGAAUUUUUUUUUUACAAAGUUUUGAAGUUCCUUGUGACUUAGCCAUGACAUGAGAAUCAUUAUCCCCCUGGAUAAAAUUUAAAGGAUUUAAAAAAAAUAAUUUAUACAAAAUAAUGGGCAAUUUGGAUAAUUUUAUUUUUAAAUCUUUGGUUAAAUAUUUUGUGUAUAAUCUCAGCUAUGAAGAAUUCAAAUUUAUAGAUACUAUUGAGGAGUAAUACUCUCUGAUUUCAGGGAGAAUUCUAAUUUUGUAAGUCACAGUCACAUGAUUGUGUUUUUAAGUUCUUUUCAUGUAUUUGUUAUUUUAUUAAUUGGUCUGAAUAUUGAGACCAGACCAAUAUCAAAAUAUUUUCAGUGGUAGAAAAUCUAGAAAAAUCUGUGCCCUUUUUACAAUUAUGGCUUUUUAAAAAAAUCAGCAUAAAUAUUAGCCUGUAAGAGUAAUCUUAAACAAUCACAAUUAAACUCUACUACAUAAGAAGAUAGUUUAUUGUGAAGCAUUUACCUCCCCCCAAAAUUAUCAUGUUUCCAUUUCUUGGUGGAGUAGCACACUGAAGGAUGUGAUCCUUAAUUCUUCAUUCUCUCUGUCAAUAGCACAUUCAUGCUGGAUAAGUUGGUUUUUAUUUGCUUUGUUUUUAUGCCGUAGACCAUCUUGUGAGAUUGUUUGCCCAUCCCAUAUUACAGUUUUAUGCAGAAAGGUUGGAACUAUGUAAAUGGAUUUUGUGGAAAUUAUCAAAUAUAAUAUUUUAAAAGGGUUGAAUGGCAUCUUUGUUUAUAGAAUAUUUGUAAAUAAAGUUGGAUUUCCAAGUCAA